UUCUUCCCUCCCUUCACACAGCACAACCCCUAAAAAAGACAGAUAGGGAGGGAUAGACAGACAGUGUGCCAGACUGUGAGAGAUAAACAGAGUUGGUCUCAGGAUGCCUGCAUACGCCACCAACAUGAGGUGGAAGUUCCCCAUUGUGGCCUUGGUUUUGGAGAUUAUCGCCAUCAUCCUGUUUGCAGUGUUUGUGGAGUAUGAUGAUGGGAAACAUCACAACGAGCACAACGAGCAUGACAAACACACCAAUGAGACUCACCAUGAAAAGGCACCCAUGGAUCUCUACCCUAUGUUUCAGGAUGUCCACGUUAUGAUCUUCAUCGGCUUCGGGUUCCUGAUGACUUUCCUGAAGAGAUACGGGUUCAGCAGCGUGGGCAUCAACUUACUCCUGGCUGCCUUCGGCCUGCAGUGGGGCCUCCUCAUGCAGGGCAUCUGGCACAUGGAUAAUGGCAAGAUCAAAGUCAACAUCUUCAAAAUGAUCAACGCAGACUUCAGCACAGCUACGGUCCUGAUCUCCUUUGGAGCUGUUCUGGGUAAAACCAGCCCUGUUCAGCUCCUCAUCAUGACCGUACUGGAGAUCACCAUCUUCUCCAUCAAUGAACAUAUUGUGGCCGAACUGCUCGGAGCUAAUGAUGUUGGAGCAUCCAUGAUCAUCCACGCUUUUGGAGCCUACUUUGGCCUGGCAGUGGCUCGAGUGCUUUACCGACCAGGUUUAAGAAACGGACAUGAGAAUGACGGAUCUGUUUAUCACUCUGAUCUGUUUGCUAUGAUUGGAACCGUCUUCCUGUGGAUGUUCUGGCCCAGUUUUAACUCGGCCAUCGCUGACCCGGGCUUAACUCAGCUCACAGCAGUGAUCAAUACCUACUUCUCCCUGGCUGCCUGUGUGCUCUCUGCCUACGCCAUCUCCAGCCUCGUGGAGCACAAAGGAAAACUGGAUAUGGUGCACAUUCAGAAUGCCACAUUGGCCGGUGGGGUUGCCGUGGGAACAUGUGCUGACAUGAACAUUGGGCCAUUUGGGGCAAUGCUGAUUGGAUUAGUGGCUGGCAUCAUCUCUACCCUGGGCUUCAAGUACUUAAGUCCCAUCCUGGCAUCCAACCUCGGCAUACAGGAUACCUGCGGUGUCCACAAUCUGCACGGCAUGCCUGGCAUCUUGGGCGGGUUGGCUGGUAUUGUGGCCGUGGCUCUGGGGAAAAAAAAGGGAGGUGAUGCUGCCAUGCAAACUGCUGCCUUGGGUUCAUCCCUCGGGUUCGCUUUGGUUGGAGGUGCUAUUACAGGUUUAAUAAUGAAGUUGCCAUUCUGGGGACAGCCUCCAGACCAGAACUGCUUUGAUGACUCUAUCUACUGGGAGGUUCCUGCAGAGGAGGAGGAGAAUGAGGAGAGUUUGGCUCACACCGAUCACUCAAAGAACAAAGCAGAGGUUUAAAUACAUGCCUACCGACCAUUGAGCUAGAAAUUAAGAUAAAAGGAUCACUAAUCUGCUACACCAUAUCAGCAGAUAUCAAUUUGUCAGUUAUGUUAACGUAAUUAAAACGACUUUGCUUGACUCAGCAACACAAAAUAAUUUUUUGUUUAGUCAAUUUUGAAACUCUUAUGAGCAAAUAUAUAAUCAUAGUAGUUUAAAUUAGUAAUUAGGAAGGGCGUGAAAUGUUUAAACAAUACAGACUCCAAAAUAUACAUGAGUAACCACUGUUAACAUAAAGAUUUGGUAAAUCCCAUUUACAGUAAGAAAAAACAUUUUUAGGAAAAGAAGAGCAGCAACCUUCAGGGAUUUUUUUACACUGAAAAUUGUGAUCAAUAAUUUCCAACGGUCAUGAUCCACUGUAGAAGUGAGUCACAUCAUAGCUUCACUGCUGAUGCACAACUACUUCUAGAGAUGCACCGAUAGAUUUGUUUCGGCCAUGAUUGGUGACCGGGGCCGAUCAGUCUCAAAUAACGGAUUCCGUGCCGGUCACAUUUAAAGGCAUGAUGCACCGCACGAUGGUUCAUGUCACGUUAACAGAGGCACGGACAGUAACCAACUGCUAAAACAUGUCGUUGACGUGAGUGAAGAAGACCAACACCCCACCCCUGCCACAAAUUUCACCAUCAUUCUGCAAUUCAUUUUCAGUUGGAUUUUAUUUGUACAAAGAAGUUCUGUCCAGUAGCCUAACCUGGAGCUCUUUUUAUUUUGAGAUUUGUUUGAGUCCUGUAACCUGGUGCAGUUCAGGAGAAAAUGUGAAAGUUAUUUAAUAGUUUAAUAGUGUUUUCUUAUGAAAAUACAAGUGAAAGGAACCCAGGAAGAAUAAGCAAUGCUUGCUUGCAAUGCAAUGCUGGUGCUAAUGGGGAUCCUAAUGAAGAAAUUAUUUUCCAUUUAAGAAAGGUUACAAAAAUGCUUGUGUAUGUUGUGACUUAUAGUUUUUAGAAAGAAAGAAAAUCGGAAUCAGCCAAAAUUGGACUGGGCAGGUCAGACAAGAAAAUUGCAAUUGGUGCAUCUCUAUCCAUAAGCUUUUUUUAUUUUAUUUCAUCUUUAUAUUAUAAAAAGCAUAGACGCAUGUUUCAUGAUAUUAGCAUAGUAUAUGUAUUUUUCCUCAUACGUUCCUAUAUAUUUCCAUACACCUGGCAAAUGUAUUUCUGCGGAGGCUCAGGUCAAAGAAAGGAGUUAAACCUGCUUUGAUUUGCUGCUUCAUGUCACCUCACUGGAGCCCAGUCCUUCUGCAAGGAGUCAGAGUCAGACGGUGUGAAACCAGCAGUGAGGCUCUGAUAUGGGCAGGGAUAGUCAAAGGAAAUGUUGUAACUAAUGAACCUUCGCAUUAUUCAUCUUCCACUGCUUACAAUCAUUUUCUAUCUACCUGAGUGCAGCUGUAUUUCUUUAAUGCAAUGAGCAUUUGAAGCUGUGCAUUUAGCAUUGGAGUGGCUCUCACAAGGGCAACUAAAGUUCAUUUCUUUGUCUGUUUUCUAUUUACAUCCAAUGUAUUCUUUCAUAUACAUACAGUUUAGCUUUUAGAUGGAUUGACAUGGUCAGUUUUAUCAAGGUCCUGCAAGGUUGAAAAAGGACAACUGAUACUACCUUUUUUUCAGACAAUAAUUAAACAGGAAAUUAAACACUAAUAAACAGGAAAUGUCUUACAUUUAUAUGGGAGGUGCGAAUGAAUAAACAUUCUAUUUUCACCAUA